AUGGAAAGACAAAUGCGUAAACUCAACCUAACUCAUUACAUGCAGGGUAAUAAGGCAGGCAAAUCAUUGGCACGUCGCUUGAAAACACACUAUCUGCAGUCUAAACUACCAUACAUGACUUCAGCUACCAACCAUAAGCUAUACAAUCCCCAAGAUAUAGUAGAGGAGCUAGCCUCCUACUUCGACACGCUCUACAACUUACAUAGAGCAAAUGACACAUACCAGCCAUCCAAGGACGAAAUCCUUGAUUUUCUAAGUAGUGUAGACCUGCCCCUCCUAACAGACGCUCAAAAACUAUCCCUUCAAUCACCAUUUACAGAGGAAGAAGUGCACAAGACCGUUAGCUCACUUCCCAAACGUAAGGCACCAGGCCCAGACGGAUUCCCGAAUUCCUUCUACACAACGCUUAUCACUCAACUAACGCCGCACCUCACCAAGAUAUUUAACCACAUCAAAGACUCUGGGAACAUCCCGACCGAAAUGCUCCUAGCACAUGUAAUAACACUUCCGAAACCAGGGAAGCCCCCAACAGAAUGCGCUAACUUGAGACCAAUCUCUUUAUUAAAUGCUGACACCAAAUUGUACGCAAAGCUCUUAGCUACACGCAUCAAGCCGAUGCUACUAGAUAUGGUAUCACAGGAACAAGCUGGGUUUGUCCCAACCAGACAACCAGGAGAUAACACACGCCAUUUCUUAAACCUGAUUCAAUGGGCACUAAAUACCCAACAACAGGGCAUAUUACUAGCACUCGAUGCUGAAAAGGCAUUUGAUCGCCUAAAUUGGUCUUAUAUGUCAGCAGUUAUGACCAGAAUGGGGUUUCCCCGUUCCAAAAGCGUAAUGGCCAUGUACUCCAACCCUUCGGCUAAGGUAUAUAACACCGGCUUCCUUUCCAGGCCAUUUCAAAUAGCUAACGGCACCAGGCAAGGCUGCCCCCUCUCCCCGCUGAUAUUCAUCCUUUGCUUAGAACCACUGAUUAAACAUAUCAAAACACUAGACACGAUCAAGGGAUUACACACACCGACAGGGACCAUGAAAAUCGCUCUAUUCGCGGAUGACAUCCUGCUAUUUAUUACUGAACUCUCUCAAUCCCUCCCCAAUUUACUGGCACUUUUGGACAGAUAUGGCAAGGUGUCAUAUUAUAGGAAUAAUGCGAAAAAAAUCACAAGCCCUAGCAAUCCGCCUGCCACACCACACACUACAAACCCUUAAAUUCGAAUAUCCAUUCGACUGGCGUAACUCAUCGAUCUCGUGUCUAGGUAUUCAAUUACCUGCUACACCCACAUUAGUAACAAAAGUAAAUCAUAUCCCACUUUUACAGAAACUAGAUCUCCAACUCAAACAAUGGAACGAUAAAGGAUCCUCUUGGCUGGGUCGCAUAAACACUAUUAAGAUGAUGAUUAUGCCACACAUCUUAUACCUCUUCCGUACCUUGCCGAUAGCGAUCCCAAACACGAUAGUGAAAAUAUUCCAAUCAACCAUAAACGCACAUAUCUGGAAGAGAAAACCCCCACGAGUCUCGCAGAAAUUGAUCUGGAGACCCUUCUCGGAAGGAGGCCUCAGUGUGCCCAAUGUUCAGCUAUAUUAUAAAGCCUCAAUACUGGCACAGGGCCUAACGGUCCUGGAAGGUACGGCACCUCCCAUCUGGCUGGCACUUGAAAAUGCCUGCAUGACACAAGGAACGGUGGAAGAUGCCCUAUGGGCAUACUCAGACCGGCAGAUAAAGGACGUUAAUAUAUUACCUCCGACAAAACUGAUGCUCCAUAUAUGGAGACAGACGAUCCUAAAAUUGGUUAUAAGCAAAGACCUCCUGUAUGCCGCACCCCUGCAAUCGCUAACACUCCCCACAUAUAUUAUCUAUGCCUCGACACAUGGGUACGACAUGGCAUUCUACAUGUGAGCACCCUGUUCGAUGAUGCGGGAGUGGCACCUUUCCCAACACUACAACAGACCUUCACCCUCCCGUCUAGGGAACUAUUCACAUACCUACGCAUAAAAAAACAUCUUACAUGAUCAUAAACUACAUAGAGGCAGGAAUUCCCCAUCGCCACGAUUUCUCCUUCUCCUUUGAUAACUAAAGGGUAUCAAAGCAUUGUCUUUUUGUUACACCUCACUUAUGAACAUAGUAGACAAGGAAAUUCCUUCAUACAUGAGCUCUUGGGAGAAGGAUCUACAUACACAAAUUAGCCAAGAUACGUGGUGGAGGGCUCUGGGAAGGGUGAAAAAAGCCACAUACAGCCUGGCCCAUAGAGAGGCGUUCUGUAAAUUACUUAUGAGGUGGUAUAUGGUGCCGUCACGCCUAGCGCAUAUUUACCCAAACACGUCCCCCAUGUUCUGGAGAUGCCAUGACAACGAAGGCACACUACUCCAUGUAUUUUGGACAUGUCCGAAAAUAGGUAAAUUCUGGGACGCAAUAGAACAGUUUCUCUUAAAGGAGCUGAAGGUUAGAGUACCAAAAUCCCCAGAAUGCUACCUACUCCACAUCUUCCCCCAUUCACCCAGGGAGGACGAACUACACAUACUCACUCACUGUCUCAUUGCAGCCAAAAUAGCAAUAGCACACAGAUGGAAACAACCGCAAAGCCCAAACCUAACGGAAGUCCUCACACGUCUCGACAAAACGUGCAACUUUGAACGAAUGGCCAGCCGCCUCCGAAGCAUACAUAUACUAGGCAUUGGCAAUGCUGGGUUCAGUUUAGAGGCCAACAGGGCUAAUGACCAACCCUAUGAUCCAUCAGGACCCUGGAGGAACUACACCAUAACGCUACCUUACCUCACCUACACCAACCCCACACUACCAACAACCCUUUAG